AUGAACGACAAUAUUGCUACUUGUGAGGUCCAAGGACAAGAGCAAGUACAGAGCCAGGAGAAGAAACCGCCACCCCUGAUGUUGAGCGAGUCUGAGAAACAAAUCCUCGAGCUUCAAUUGAAUGGUCUGCCAGCGGAACCUGACAUCCAAAACCUCUGGUCGUAUACCACUGCUUGGGACAAGGUCGUUAUCAUCGUCAGCGUAGUCUCCGCCAUCAUCGCAGGCGCAUUGAAUCCUCUGCUCACAGUCAUAUACGGACUAACCGUUGGUUCGUUCGCAAAGAAGUCCAACGGCAACACAUCCAUUCCUGAGUUCACUGAUGAUGUGGCACAGCUCAAUCUUUAUUGGGUUUAUCUUGCUAUUGGAUGUGAUAUCACAACACGCAUUACCUCGGAUAUGAAUCACAUCCAAGAAGGUAUCACAAGCAAGAUAUCAUUAGGCUUGACAGCAAUCGCAACAUUCUGCUCCGCUUAUAUCAUUACAUAUGUCCAGUACUGGAAACUCGGCCUUAUCAUGACAUCGACAGUGGUUGUCAUGUUGGCCACGGGAACAAUUGGGGGAAAGCUGGCCGUGAAGUACAAUACAUUAAGCCUAAACUUGUACAAUAGCGGUUCCAACCUGGCCGAGGAGAGCAUCGGGUCUAUUCGACAUGUAACGGCAUUUGGGAUCCAGGGUGCCUUGGCAGACAGGUAUCUUGGCUUCCUGAAGCAGGCGGAAAUACCUGGAAUCAGGGCGAGGUUGUCAACUGCUUUCAUGAUUUGUUUCAUGAACGGCUUGCCGUUUCUUUCGUAUGCCCUGUGCUUCUGGCAAGGUGGCAGGUAUCUAAUGGCAGGCUAUAUGGACGUAGCGGCCACAGUGACUGCUACAAUGGCCAUUACUAUUGGAGGAUUUGCGAUCGGAAGAGUGGCACCAAAUCUGCAGUCUUUCAUGGCAAGCACGGCAAGUGCUGGUAUGAUAAUACGCUCGAUGCAACGCUCAUCCCCGGAGGAUCCCUUGUCGACAGAGGGUGAAAAGCCCGAAAUGGUAGUGGGGGAGCUUGCAUUUGACGACGUUAGUCUAAUCUACCCAUCAAGACAAGAUGUUGCAGUUCUCAAACAUGUCAAUCUCACUAUACCCCCUGGAAAAACGACGGCCAUCGUAGGGCCGACAGGUUCCGGAAAAAGUAGCAUCGUGGGCUUGCUCGAACGCUUUUACCAAUCCACAGGAGGCCGUAUCACUCUCGAUGGCCGCAACAUCCAAGAUCUGAACCUACGAUGGUUGCGCAGUCGACUGGCCUACGUGGGCCAAGAGCCAAUCCUGUUCAACGCCACUAUAUUGGAAAACAUUAGCCAUGGGCUAGCUCCCCGUGAAGCUACCACCGGGACUGCUCUCUCACCCCAAGAUGUCAAAUAUGCCGUUGUGGAGGCAGCCAAAGCUGCAAACGCACAUGAUUUUAUCAUGGUGCUGCCCAAUGGAUACGAUACGAUGGUUGGCGAAAAGGGGCUGCAGCUAUCAGGGGGACAGCGGCAACGAAUUUCCAUUGCACGAGCCUUGGUUCGGGAUCCCACAGUGCUGAUUCUCGACGAAGCCACCUCGGCACUAGAUACUCGGGCAGAGAAGUUGGUGCAGAAGGCACUUACGGAGGCUGCUAAAGGGAGAACAACCAUCGUCAUAGCGCACCGGUUAUCAACGAUACGCAAUGCAGAUAAUAUCGUGGUGUUGUCAGGGGGUGAGAUUAUGGAGCAGGGAGACCAUCAUGACUUGAUGGCAAGGCAUGGGCUAUAUGCUAGCCUGGUAAAUGCGCAACAGCUGACGCAAGAGGAAGCGGAAGAUGAAGAAGAAGCUGUUCUUUUUGAGACGGCGAGUGCUUCUUCUGUGGGGUUUGCGAAGGAGAAGUCAAAUGUAAAAGAGCAAUCAGCCACUUUAGUCGAGAAUUCAGCCCAAUACGAACCUAAGGAGCGGCUGUCCUUCUGGGCCCUUCUCCGUCUUAUGGAUAGGCUGAAUCGACCGGAACGCAUGUUGAUUCUUCUAGGCCUAAUCGGCUGUGUAUUCGCCGGGCUUGGAACUCCAGUUCAGGGAACUUUUUUCGCUAAACUUAUAGAGGCGGCAUCGCUGCCGCCAUCGCGGUACGAUGAACUUCGUUCCGGAACGAGCUUCUGGGCCUUGAUGUACCUCAUGUUGGGCAUUGUGGCCAUCCUCUCCUGGUUCGGCCAGGGGGCAUGCUUCGCGUACUCUUCGGAACGCCUGGUCCGCCGCGCAAAAGACACGACGUUGCGCUCCAUCUUGCGCCAGAAUAUCGGCUUCUUUGACGACCGUGUGACGGGCGACCUGACGACGAUGCUCUCUCAGGACACCGUCCACUUGGGCGGGAUGGAUGGUGCAGUGCUGGGCUCCAUGAUUACCUUCACCGUUACCAUCAUCGGGGGAAUUGUACUUUCCAUCGCGGUGGGCUGGAAACUAGGUCUUGUAUGCACCGCUCUGAUCCCUAUUACCAUGGGCAGCGGCUACGUGCGACUUAUUGUUCUGAGCCUCUUCGACCGCAAAGUCCGGCAGACGCAGGCUGCAUCUGCGGCCUAUGCCAGCGAGGCAGUGACAGCGAUUCGGACCGUGGCAAGUCUGGGGCUUGAGGACCACGUCCUAGGCCAUUACCGCACUAUAUUAGAACGCGAUGCAUCUGCGUCACUCCGCUCCAUCUUACAGGCCUCGGUGCUUUUUGCUCUCUCUCAGUCCCUGGUCAUGCCUUCUGGCGCCUUGGUCUUUUGGUACGGUAGCAAACUCCUGGCUAGCGGCGAGUACACAAUGACACAGUUCUUCAUCUGCUUCUCGGCGCUCAUCACUGGUGCCCAAACGGCCGGUGCCGUGUUUUCUUUUGCCCCUGACAUGAGCAAGGCGCUACAGGCCGGGAGACACCUCCGUAACCUCUUUGACCGGGUGCCCCCUAUCGACAGCUACAGCCCCGCGGGAAGGUUGCUACCCGCAGAGAAGUUGCGCGGCGGCAUUGAGAUCCGAGACGUAAGCUUCCGUUACCCGCGACGGCCUGAGCGAGUCGUCCUGACCGAUUUUUCCCUCUCGAUUAAACCGGGCCAGUUCGUCGCCCUGGUCGGACCGAGUGGGUGCGGGAAGUCAACUGUGCUGGCCCUCCUCGAGCGCUUCUUCGAUCCAGAAACAGGCCGCAUCCAGGUCGACGGGGAGGAUAUUACGGGAUUGAACAUUGCUCAGUACCGAGGACAUGUCUCCAUGGUCGGGCAGGAGCCCAUCGUGUAUUCCGGCACUAUACGUGAAAAUAUCGUAUUGGGAUCCCCAGAAAACAUGGCCGAAGAAGCUAUUGUAAAGGUCUGCCAGGACGCAAACAUUUAUGAUUUCAUCAUGUCUCUACCAGAAGGUUUCUCUACGGUCGUUGGUUCCCGGGGUAAUAUGUUGAGCGGAGGCCAGAAGCAACGAGUAGCCAUCGCGCGAGCACUUCUCCGCAACCCCAAAAUCCUGCUGUUGGACGAAGCGACAUCGUCACUGGAUUCGCAGUCCGAGAGGUUAGUGCAGGAUGCCUUGGAUCGCGCAUCCAAGGGUCGCACCACCAUCUCGGUAGCCCACAGGUUGAGCACGAUCAAACGAGCGGACCUGAUCUGCGUCAUGGACCAGGGCAGGCUGGUCGAGAAGGGGACGCAUGACCAGCUGAUGGCCAGGAGGCAGAUGUAUUAUGACCUGGUUCAGGCGCAGAAUCUAGAUAGUAUAGCUUGA